AUGCCAUCUCGCCAGUCGCCCGCAACGUCCCGGACCCCAACACUAGCAACGUCGUCUCUCCAGUCGCCUACUUUACCGAGGUCACAAGGCCGUUCGACGUCUCCUGCAUCAUCCGCUUCGUCAAGAAGCGUGGCAGCCGCACGUUCGCGCUCGGUUCGCACAGAGCCGACUCGUUCUCGGGCAGCCUCUAGCUCCCGAUCGUCCAGAGCCCAUCUCCAGUCGAUGCUGGAGAUACUUGAAGAUCGCGAGGAGGCUCGACUUGAGGAGCUGAACCGGUACUCUGAUGAAGUUGACGUCAACAACACCGAACCGACCUCAACGUGCACAAUUUUUGAUGGUAUUUACCGUGACGGAGGAACCGAGGCCGUGCUCACGAACUUCUCUCCAAGCGAGAUAAACACAUUGUGGUUUUCUGUACGUGGACAUGUGCAUCGGUACUGGAACGUCGGACGUGGAAGGCGCUCCACAUUCGCCGCUAAGGACUUGUUUUUCAUGUUGCUUGGGGCUAUCACGGGAUUCAUUGAGGUGGUGACACCAAAACUCUACGAAGAGUGGGUAACCUCGCAACUAGACGUGACCACAAUGCGGGCGCUGGUAACGUCGGGGCAUACGUUUAACAACUUUCCUUGCGCAUUUGCCAAACACAAGUUGUAUGGUUUCAAGGUGGAGGUGUCCGUGAAUCCGCGAGGUCUUGCGAUCAACUGCACUCGCCAUGCUAGAGGAAACACGGCUGAUAUCACGGUGUUUAGGAACAAUCAAGCCUGUCACCAACAAGCUCGUCGCAAAGCUGAAGGAAACCAGCGUCUUCCCAACAAUGGACCUCUUCAUUCGGAUUAUCCGGAGGAGUGGGCUGUCCUCGCGGAUAAAGGGUAUCAAGGUCUUGAUGCCCAUCUGCGCUGCAUUCACCCCAAAAAGGGCAACCAACUGAACCCGGAAGAAGUACGACAAAAUGGGCGCAUCUCGAGCGACAGAGUUAUUGUCGAGAAUUUCUUUGGAAGAAUAUGUGGUUUGUGGCGUGUCUGUGCUGAGAAGUUUCGCUGGAGCGAAGCCUUUUACGACGAUAUAUUCCACAUCUGCGUGAGUCUAACUAACUACCAUGUCACCUUGCACCCGUUAAGAGAGCAAAAUGGGACAUGCUAUCGCCAGUACCAGAAUCGGCUUUUGGCGAUCGGAGCAGAGAUGAAAAAGCGGCGUCGCCUAAACCAAGAGCGUUACCGGCGCAACCAGCGCCUUCGCCACCAAAUGCAGUUGGAUGAUCACCCUGUGCACAGUGACUUUGAGAUUGGCAGCGACCUGAGCGAAGCCGAGUCUGAUACGACACAAAUGCCCCGUUAG